GGCCGGGCAGGGCCGGGCCGGGCCGUGUCCGUGCGGGAAUGGCGGAGCCGGGGUUGGCCGUGUAGGAGCUCGAGGGUGUGUGUAAGACUUGGAUGUCUCAAUGGAUGCGUGGAGCUUCUUCUCUACUUGCCUGGUGUCCUUAUGGCUGCACAGGCUUUACGUCUGUUCUGCAGUUGCCUUUGGGGUCAGCAUUUGGAUCGUCAUUCAGUUCUCCACCUCCAAACCCCAAGAGAAGGUAACAGAGCAUGGUGAAAAACCCACUGGGAAUCCCGCUUCUUCUGAAGGAAUAGAAGACAAGGUAGUCAAUGGAUGUGCCACCCUGCAGAGAAAGGAGGUCUACGUUGCUGGGGUAAAGAUUUUCUAUGGGUCUCAGACUGGCACAGCAAAGAGAUUUGCCAGAGCUCUUGCUGAGGCAGUUAUUUCCCUUAAUGUGCCAGUGGAAGUCAUUAGCACGGGAGACUGUGAUCCAGAUGAUUGUUUAUUAGACGAGACAACCAGCAGGAACAUCUGUGUGUUCUUGGUGGCUACGUACACAGAUGGGCAGCCAACCGAGAGUGCAGCCUGGUUCUGUAGGUGGUUAGAAGAGGCUGCACACGACUUUCGCUUUGGGAAAGCCUAUCUGAAGGGCCUGAGAUAUGCUGUAUUUGGCUUGGGAAACUCUGCGUAUGUUGCUCAUUACAACACAGUUGGAAGAAAUAUUGACAGGUGGCUGUGGAUGCUCAGCGCCAGCCGGAUCGUGACUCGUGCCGAGGGGGACUGUAACGUGUCCCAGAGCGAGCAUGGCACCAUUGAGGCCGACUUUGAAGCCUGGAAAGCCAAGUUCCUCACUCAGCUUCAGGCCCUCUGCAGAGGGGAAAAGAAGCCCUGUGGUGGGAAGUGCAAGAAAGGGAAGUGCAAAUCUCCAGGGAAGCAGAGCAGGGAGAGUUCAGAUCAUGAACAUGGGGUAUCGGAAUAUACGAAUACUGAGGCAGAAGAGUUGUUUGAAAGCAGUAGUGAGGAGGAAGCUGACGCUGAGGAAGCUGGAGGGUCAAAUUCUGUCCUUGAUGUUGAAGAUCUUGGCAAGAUCAUGAGGCACGUGAAGGAAGCCAAGGUUGGAAGAAAUAUUGACAGGUGGCUGUGGAUGCUCAGCGCCAGCCGGAUCGUGACUCGUGCCGAGGGGGACUGUAACGUGUCCCAGAGCGAGCAUGGCACCAUUGAGGCCGACUUUGAAGCCUGGAAAGCCAAGUUCCUCACUCAGCUUCAGGCCCUCUGCAGAGGGGAAAAGAAGCCCUGUGGUGGGAAGUGCAAGAAAGGGAAGUGCAAAUCUCCAGGGAAGCAGAGCAGGGAGAGUUCAGAUCAUGAACAUGGGGUAUCGGAAUAUACGAAUACUGAGGCAGAAGAGUUGUUUGAAAGCAGUAGUGAGGAGGAAGCUGACGCUGAGGAAGCUGGAGGGUCAAAUUCUGUCCUUGAUGUUGAAGAUCUUGGCAAGAUCAUGAGGCACGUGAAGGAAGCCAAGAGAGAACGUGAGCUCGAGGAAGGAGGUGUUGGAAUGAGCUUGACUCAAGAGAACGCUGGGAGGAAGGAGGAGGGUGGGAAGCGAGAGAUGAUAAGCCCAGCUCUGAGAGAAGCGCUCACAAAACAAGGUUACAAGCUGAUUGGGAGCCAUUCUGGGGUGAAGCUCUGCCGAUGGACAAAGUCGAUGCUCCGAGGCCGAGGAGGAUGGGUACCUUCAUCCCCACCAAUUCAGCUGCAGUCUCAGCGAGUGAAAAGUGAUGACUUGGUAACUGUUGCCUUCCUAAAGCAGUCUCUCCUAGAUGACUUUCCAUUCUAG